UGUUGGGCGCCUUUUCCGCGGAGAAGCUUGGGUUUCAAUCUUCGUCCAUCCUCUGAAGCUCAGCAGCUCCGCCACAAUGGCCGUCGGGAAGAACAAGAGGAUUUCGAAGGGGAAGAAAGGAGGAAAGAAGAAGGCGGUCGAUCCGUUUGCUAAGAAAGAUUGGUACGAUGUGAAAGCGCCAUCGAUUUUUAACACAAGAAACGUAGGGAAAACCUUGGUCACUCGUACUCAGGGUACUAAGAUUGCUUCGGAAGGACUCAAGCACCGUGUGUUUGAAGUGUCAUUGGCUGACCUUCAAGGUGACGAGGAUCAUUCUUUCAGAAAGAUCCGUUUGAGAGCUGAGGAUGUGCAGGGAAAGAAUGUCCUCACUAAUUUCUGGGGUAUGAACUUCACCACCGAUAAAUUGAGAUCGCUUGUGCGCAAAUGGCAAUCCCUGAUUGAGGCCCAUGUGGACGUCAAGACAACUGACAACUAUACUUUGAGGAUGUUCUGCAUUGCAUUCACUAAAAAAAGGGUGAACCAGCAGAAGAGGACAUGCUAUGCACAGUCGAGCCAGAUUCGUCAAAUCCGGAGGAAGAUGCGGGAGAUCAUGAUUAACCAAGCACAGUCAUGUGAUCUCAAGGAUUUGGUUCAGAAAUUCAUUCCCGAGUCGAUUGGAAAAGAAAUUGAGAAAGCGACAUCAAGUAUCUACCCUCUGCAGAAUGUGUUUAUCCGUAAGGUUAAAAUCUUGAAAGCUCCCAAAUUUGACCUUGGCAAGUUGAUGGAGGUUCAUGGUGAUUACAGCGAAGAUGUUGGCGUGAAGCUAGACAGGCCUGCUGAAGAGCCGAUGGCUGAAGCAACCGAGGUUAUUGGAGCAUAAAUUGAUUAGACUUCACUUGAAAGACUACAGGAAUGAGGAAACUACUUGAUUAUCGGUAAGUUAGUGAGAGAUAUAGCAAUCUUACGUAUGGGCUAUAUGAGAUUUCAUUGAUUUCGAAAUUUUCUUUUUGAUCCGAAUUAUUCAUUACUCAAAUCUUGGUUUUUUUUGUAGCAUUUUGUGAUUCUAAGUGAAUUAUUAUUAUUAUUAUUAUUAAUCUUCUUUUGGCUCUCGAUUUCAA